AUGCCAACGGAUACUUGUUGGAUUCUUCAAAGUAUUGCAUUUCUCAAGGAACCAACACAGUUUAAGCAAUCCUUUCAAAUAUCUGAUUACUCUACUCUUAAGUGUGAUACUUCUUUCCCAAAAACUAAGUCUUGGAAUGAGAGUAGGGAUUGCUGCAGUUGGGAUGGAGUCACUUGUGACUUAUUAAACGGACAUGUUAUCGGGUUAGACCUUAGCUGCAGUCAGCUUCGUGGAAGUAUUCAUCCCAAUAGCAGCCUCUUCCAACUUCAUCAUCUCCAAACAGUAAACCUUGCUUACAAUAACUUUUCAACUUCUUCAAUCUCACAUAACAUUGGCCGAUGGAGAAAUUUGAGGCAUCUCAACCUUUCUAAUUCUUUCUUUAGUGGGAAAAUCCCAACAGAAAUCUCAUUCCUUUCCAAUUUGGUUUCACUUGAUCUUUCUUCUUCUUAUGGAUUACAACUUGAUGAGAGAACAUUUGAAACAAUGCUUCACAACUUUACAAAUCUGGAGGUACUAGCUCUCUUUCUUGGCAACAUCUCAUCACCGAUACCUGUAAGUAUUCAUCCCAAUAGCAGCCUCUUCCAGCUUCAUCAUCUCCACACACUAAACCUUGUUAACAAUUUCUUUUAUCCUUCUUCAAUCCCAAAUGGCAUUGGCCGAUUGAGGAAUUUGAGGCAUCUAAAACUCUAUGGCUUUCAAGGGAAAAUCCCAACAGAAAUCUCAUACCUUUCCAAUUUGGUUUCACUUGAUCUUUCUUAUAGUUAUGAAAGAUUACAACUUGAUGAGAGAACAUUUGAAGCAAUGUUUCAGAACUUGACAAAUCUGGAGCUACUUUCUCUCUAUGGUGUCAACAUCUCAUCUCAGAUACCUGUGAAUAUUUCUUCUUCCUUAAGGUACCUGGAUCUUGGUUAUACUAAUCUGCGAGGUGUUCUCACAGAGAACUUUUUCCUUCUGCCAAACUUGGAAAUACUCAAAUUGAGUGGGAAUGAUCUUGUCAAAGGAGUUUUUCCAAAGAUCCACUGGAGCAACACUCUGUUAACGGAGUUGGAUAUUUCAUCCACAGGCAUCUCUGGUGAGGUGCCUGAUUCAAUUGGCACCUUCAGUUCCUUGAAUAUCUUGAACCUUGCAGGAUGCCAAUUCUCUGGUUCCAUUCCUGAUUCCAUUAGCAACCUAACACAAAUUAGGGAGUUGAUUUUAUAUCAUAAUCAUUUCACUGGCCAUAUUCCUUCCACAAUCUCUAAAUUGAAGCACCUCACACGUUUGGAUCUUUCAAUUAACUCCUUUUCAGGUGAAAUUCCUGAUGUUUUCUCAAACCUCCAAGAGCUACGUACUUUACAUCUUUCUUAUAACAGCUUCAUCGGUUCAUUUCCCGCUUCAAUUUUAAGUUUGACACAUCUUGAAUACUUAGGAUUGUCGAGUAAUUCCCUAUCUGGCCCACUGCCUAGCAACCAAAGCAUGCUUCAAAAGCUAACCGAACUGAAUUUGUCAUACAACUCACUGAAUGGCCACCUACCACAAUUUCGUUACGAUAACCUACAGUAUCUUGAUCUGAAAUUUAACUACCUUCAGGGUCCACUAGCUUUAUCCAUUUGUAACAUGAGGAAACUUAUCUUAUUAGAUUUAUCACACAACUACUUCAGUGACUCAGUUCCACAUUGCUUGGGAAGCAUGCCUAAUCUAAGGGUGUUGGACUUAAGAAGGAACAAUUUCACAGGGAGUCUUCCCCCAUUAUGUGCACAGAGCACUUCAUUGAGUACCAUUGUCGUAAAUGGUAAUCGAUUUGAAGGACCUGUUCCUGUAUCAUUGCUCAAUUGUAAUGGUCUACAAGUCCUUGAUGUGGGGAACAAUGCUAUAAAUGACACGUUUCCAGCUUGGCUCGGAACUCUUCAAGAGCUGCAGGUCCUUAUAUUAAAGUCGAACAAGUUCCAUGGACCUAUAAGCACGUGUCAUACUAAGUUUUGCUUUCCCAAGUUGCGAAUUUUUGAUCUUUCUCGUAAUGAUUUCAGUGGCUCACUUCCUGCAAAAGUUUUUGGAAACUUCAAGGCAAUGAUAAAAUUAGAUGGUGAAGACACAGGAAAUAUCAAGUACAUGGAAUCGAUGUCGAAUUUGCCAUUUGUCAGAUCGUAUGAGGAUUCAGUGAGUUUGGUAAUCAAAGGGCAGGAUAUUGAGCUACAAAGAAUCAGCACAAUUAUGACAACCAUAGAUCUCUCAAACAACCAUUUUGAAGGUGUCAUUCCGAAAACACUAAAGGAUCUCAGCUCACUUUGGCUACUCAAUUUAUCCCAUAACAAUCUCCUAGGUCAUAUACCAAUGGAAUUGGGGCAAUUGAAUACGCUUGAAGCUUUAGAUCUCUCCUGGAAUUGGCUCACUGGAAAGAUUCCGCAGGAAUUGACAAGAAUGAACUUUCUGGCCGUCUUAAACCUCUCUCAAAAUCAUCUCGUCGGACCAAUUCCUCAAGGUCCACAAUUCAACACAUUUGAAAAUGACUCGUAUUGUGGCAACCUUGAUUUAUGUGGUCCUCCUUUAUCAAAGCAAUGUGAAACUAGUGAUUCAUCGCAUGUUCCUCAACAAUUGGAGUCCGAAGAAGAAGGCGAGUCAUAUUUUUUUAGUGGAUUUACUUGGGAAUCAGUAGUCAUAGGCUACAGUUUUGGACUAGUUGUUGGAACUGUCAUGUGGAGUCUCAUAUCGUAUGAGGAUUCAGUGAGUUUGGUAAUCAAAGGAAAGGAUAUUGAGCUACAAAGAAUCAGCACAAUUACGACAACCAUAGAUCUCUCAAGCAACCAUUUUGAAAGUGUCAUUCCGGAAACACUAAAGGAUCUCAGAUCACUUUGGCGACUCAAUUUAUCUCAUAACAAUCUCAGUGGUGAUAUUCCAAUGAAACUAGGACAAUUGAGUAUGCUUGAAGCUUUGGAUCUCUCUUGGAAUCGGCUCACUGGAAAGAUUCCACAGGAAUUGACAAGAAUGAACUUUCUGGCCUUCUUAAACCUCUCUCAAAAUCAUCUCGUCGGACCAAUUCCUCAAGGUCGACAAUUCAACACAUUUGAAAAUGACUCAUAUGGUGGCAACCUUGAUUUAUGUGGUCUUCCUUUAACAAAGAAAUGUGGAACGAGUGAUUCAUCGCAUGUUCCUCAACAAUUGGAGUCCAAAGAAGAAGGCGAGUCAUAUUUUUUUUAG